AUGGAUGAUAUCCAGGAACGGCUACGCAGCCAUGCUCAGGCCUUCGAUGGUCUGAUGUCGUUAAUUCCUGCAAAGCUUUACUACGGAGAAGAUAGCAGUGACCAAUGGCAACGCAAGAAGCAGACCAAAGAGGAAGCCCGUGAGGCCAAGCGGGCCAAAUUGGACCCGGAAUCUGCCAAAACCGCCAAAGACGUGAUGGACGAGAACGCUCGGAAACGUAAGCGGGAAGAAGAACAGAAUGAAUCUGGCUCGUCUGAUGCCGAAGAGCUGGGCUCGGAAACCCCCAAAGAGGGGCUCAACAGAGGCGACGCCAACCCUAAGAAGCAGAAGCAGACUGAAAAAUCGGAACGCUCGGAUAAGGCUUCAGCAAAGACUAAUGAGGAUGCCGAGGCCCGCAAGAAACUGAAGGAAGAGAAGCUGGCGCAGAAGAAGGCCAACCAAAAGGAAAAGAAGAAGGCCAAAGAGGCUGCCAGAAAGGAAAAGCAAGCUGAGCAGCAGAAUAAGGACACCAAGACUCCUGCGGCUGAAGCCGUGCAAAAACCAGAGCCGAAGCAAACUGCCAACCAGGAUGCAGAUGAUAGCGAUGACGACGUUGACGGAGAUGCCGUUGCCGAGGGGCUUUCUCUCGAGUUCAACCCCGAACAAACAGAGCCCUCGGACUCGUCAUCGCCAAACUCCCCAGACUUCGACACGUCGAAUCCCCAAUCGGGUAGCUCUUCUAUAUCUUCCAUCGUUCCUCCUUCCGACCCUAAUGAUGCUUCCAAAACCUCAUCCACCGAACCCAAGCCUCUUAAGCCCACACCCGAAGAACUCAAGCAACGGUUACAGAAACGGCUCGACGAGCUACGGGCCAAGCGCCACGCCGACGGUCUCAACGGCAAGCCCGCCCGGAACCGCCAAGAGCUGAUCGAAGCGCGCCGACAAAAAGCCGAGCAGCGCAAGGCUCACAAGAAGGAGCUGCGACAGAAGGCCAGAGAAGAGGAGCAGCGAGCCAACGACGAAGCCAUGGCUCGCCGCUUCUCGCCCGGCGGCUCGGGAUCGCUCCUCGCCUCGCCUCGCUCGCCCGCCGACUCCGUCGGCUCGAACAACAACUUCUCCUUCGGCCGUGUGGUCUUCGCGGAUGGUAACGUCGCCGACCCCACCCUGUCGUCUGCACGGGAAGCCCACAAGCGCAGCGGUCCCCACGAUCCCGCCGCAGCCCUCAAGGCCGCCGAGGCUAAGAAGGCCCGUCUCGCGGGACUCGACGAGGAGAAGCGGACCGACCUCGAAGAGAAAGACAUGUGGCUGAACGCCAAGAAGCGCGCUCACGGCGAACGGGUCCGCGACGAUACCUCCCUUCUCAAGAAGGCCCUCAAGCGCAAGGAGUCCGCCAAGAAGAAGUCCGAGCGUGAGUGGAAGGACCGUCUCGAAGCCGUCAAGCGCGGCAAGGACCACAAGCAGCACAAGCGCGAAGAGAACCUGCGCAAGCGACGCGACGAGAGAGGCAACGGCGGCGGCAAGAACAAGAAACCCGCCGGAGGCAAGAAGAAGGCCAGACCCGGCUUCGAGGGAUCGAAGGUUGGCGGCAAGAAGAAAUAA